AUGUUAAAUUGUUUAUUUGGUGAUAGAGAUUUGUUAAUCGACUUAGUAUUACUCGAUUACGAAGACUGCUCGAAAGGGCCAGGAUUGACUGAAUUGCUUGAAUCUGGGAAGCUUUGGGAGGACUACUUUCGUCCGUUUGAAUGGAUGGCACGGGAUUAUAGCUAUCAAGUAAAAGUAAAACAUUUGUUGGACGGAAUCAAUAAUCUGCAAAAAUCUCGCCUUAGAAACACGAGGAAUUUGGAAGUCGCUGAAAAAGAGCUACGACUUGGAUCAUUUUCUGAAAAAUCUGAAAAGGUUCAUAUUCAUCCAUUUAUUGAUGGUAAUGGGCGUGUUGGUCGUUCAAUUAUGGCAUAUUAUCUCGUCCGCAAUGGUUAUCCACCUAUUGUUUUCCAGCAUAAUGCACCGGGUUUCUUAGCAAUUUGCUUGUUUAUGGCACAAGCAG